UGCGUGUUCUUUUGUGGCUUGGGACAUCUCUUAGUGAAUUGAAACAGUUGCUGUCAAAUAUUAUUUAUGUUUUUCAGCCGAGUGAAUUCCGCUCCUCGCUUGACUCAGCGUACUUCGUUUCAUUAUUCGAUGGUCGCUGUCUCUUUCGAGACAGCGAUGGUUUACCGAGUGACACUGCCCGUAUUCGGCGCAUUACCUGAGAAUGCGUUUGCUCCGGUUUAUGGGAAAAAAAAAAGAAAACAGCAGCAUUAGAGCAUUAUUUAAAGGCGGGCUCCUCAGAAGACUUUCAGUACAGUCAAGAGGCAGCACAGAAUGUCGAUCGCGUGGAGCAGAAGCAACGUGUGCGGAGACUCCAACACUCGCUCUACUUCAAAAUGUUGGUUAAUAUUUGGAGUCUUCCUUUUCCUCGUGGAUCUAACGACCGGAGGAAACAAAAUCGACACCCGCCUCAAUCGCAAGAGUUGCGGUUUGUCCCAAGCCACGGGCAGGGUUUUCAAUGGUGAUCCUAUAAGCAGGACGCAAAUUCCUUGGAUAGUACAGAUAGACAUACAUCUUCGAGGCAUGGAUGAUGCCAUGAUGUGCGGUGGAAGCAUCAUUACACGCAAUGUUGUGAUGACUGCAGCACAUUGUAUACUUCACGGGUGGAUUCCAGAGAAAAUGUAUAUCUACUUCAAUUCGACAAAGAAAAGCGCUGGGCCAGUAAAUUAUGUGGACCGCAUCAUUAGGCAUCCCCAAUACAAUCAACUCAAAGCAAUAAAAUAUGACAUCAUGCUGUUGAAGGUUCGAAAUUAUUUUAGGUUUGAUAAAUUUGUUCGACCAAUAUGCCUUCCCAAUAGAGCUAUUAUUGUGGAAAAUAGAUCAUUAUUAUCUGGCGGCUGGGGAACGUUUAAUGAUCAGCGGCCUCCCGUCGUCUCCGAAAAUCUGAUGUACACACAUCUUUAUGCAUUGGCACAAAAGGAGUGUGAAUUUUUAUUAAAUCAUACCCGAGGUAGGAAUUUCGCUGGAUUCGAUUCCAAAUAUUCCCUGUGUUUCAAAGGGUACAAGGGAAAUCUCUGCCAAGGCGAUUCUGGUGGCCCGAUAACCAUGAGACGCAAAAGAGGAAAAUCUGUGCAAGUUGCCAUAGUAAGCAUUGGAACAUCGGUCUGUGCCAGCAAGAGUAAAUUUUCAGUUGGAGUUCGUGUUUACAAGUUUUUGUCUUGGAUAAAAGAAGCCCUCAGCGACUCUGAAAGCUGGAAAACCUUUGAAGGUCGUAAUGAUGAAUUCAUUUAAUAGCUGGCAUUGUAAUUGACAUAUAUUUUCGAAAUAAAGCUGCGUAAGUUGUGCGGCAUGAGAUGGAAAACCUGU